CUGCGACAUGUGAGCUGUGUGUAUGUGAAGCAGAGAGGAGGAAGGUUUUUCAGGAAUUCGUCUGCAGACUUGGAGCUUCGUUAUAACAGAAACAUGUCAUCAGAUCUGCUUCCUCUUCCUCUCUCCUCCUCACCGCGGAUGCCUCCUCUUCCUCUCUCCUCUCUCAGGCCUAGCGGUCCAGCUAACUACACGUUUGCAUCUGUGUGUUCUUCGGGUUCUGAUCCGCUUUAAGACGCUUCACUUCGACUGAAACCCCGGAGGAAGAGCAGCAGAAGCGACUGUUCCCCCCGCCCCCAAAGGAGCAGCAUGGAGCACCGAAGAACCCCCUCCUCCUCCCCCGCGAUGAAGAUGAUGGGAUGCCUCCCAUCGGUACCCCUCGGAGGUCGGAUUCAGCCAUCUCAAUCCGGUCUCUGCACUCAGAGUCCAACAUGUCUCUGCGCUCCACUUUCUCUCUGCAUGAGGAAGAGGAGGACCUGGAGCCUCUGGUGUUUGCUGAGCAGCCGUCUGUGAAGCUGUGCUGCCAGCUGUGCUGCAACGUCUUCAAAGACCCCGUCAUCACCACCUGUGGGCACACCUUCUGCAGACGAUGUGCGUUGACUUCAGAUAAGUGCCCGGUGGAGGCGGCUAAGCUAAAGGUGGUGGUGAACAACAUAGCAGUAGCGGAACAGAUCGGAGAGCUGUUCAUCCACUGUAAAUACGGCUGCAGGGCCACGGCCAGCGCUGCAGCGGGGGCCGCGGCCCCAGCCACCACCACCGUGGCCGGGAAACCAGGAGCGUUCGAGGUGGACCCUCUGGGCUGCCCCUUCACCAUCAAACUGACCACGCGCAAAGAGCAUGAAGCCAGCUGUGACUACAGACCGGUUCGAUGCCCCAACAACCCCUCCUGCCCCCCCCUGCUCACCAUGAACCUGGAGGCUCACCUCAAGGAGUGUGAGCACAUCAAGUGUCCUCACUCCAAAUACGGUUGCACGUUCAUCGGGAACCAGGACACGUAUGAAACUCACCUGGAGGUUUGUAAGUUUGAGGGUCUGAAGGAGUUCCUGCAGCAGACUGACGACAGGUUCCAUGAGAUGCAGCUGACUCUGGCGCAGAAGGACCAGGACAUCGCCUUCCUGCGCUCCAUGCUGGGAAAACUGUCGGAAAAGCUGGACCAGCUGGAGAAGAACCUUGAGCUCAAAUUUGACGUGUUGGAUGAGAACCAGAGUAAGCUGAGCGAGGACCUGAUGGAGUUUCGUAGAGACGCUUCCAUGCUCAAUGAUGAGUUGUCCCACAUCAACGCCAGACUCAACAUGGGGAUCCUGGGCUCGUACGACCCCCAGCAGAUCUUCAAGUGCAAAGGGACGUUUGUGGGUCACCAGGGGCCCGUGUGGUGCCUGUGUGUUUACUCCACCGGAGACCUGCUCUUCUCCGGAUCCUCGGAUAAAACCAUCAAGGUGUGGGACACCUGCACCACCUACAAAUGUCAGAAAACCCUGGAGGGUCACGACGGCAUCGUGCUGGCUCUGUGUAUCCAAGGGAACAGGCUGUACAGCGGCUCUGCAGACUGCACCAUCAUCGUGUGGGACAUCCAGACUCUGCAGAAAGUCAACACUAUCCGUGCCCAUGACAACCCCGUGUGCACGCUGGUCUCCUCACACAACAUGUUGUUCAGCGGCUCCCUCAAGGCCAUUAAGGUAUGGGACAUCGUGGGCACGGAGUUGAAGCUGAAGAAGGAGCUGACGGGUCUGAACCACUGGGUCCGAGCGCUGGUGGCCUCCCAGAACCACCUGUACAGCGGCUCCUAUCAGACCAUCAAGAUCUGGGACAUCCGCUCUCUGGAGUGUGUCCACGUCCUGCAGACCAGCGGCGGCAGCGUCUACUCCAUUGCCGUCACCAACCACCACAUCGUCUGCGGCACCUACGAGAACCUCAUCCAUGUGUGGGACAUUGAGUCUAAAGAGCAGGUCAGGACUCUGACGGGUCACGUGGGAACGGUCUACGCUCUCGCCGUCAUCUCCACCCCCGACCAGACCAAAGUGUUCAGCGCCUCCUACGACCGCUCCCUCAGGGUGUGGAGCAUGGACAACAUGAUCUGUACUCAGACUCUGCUCAGACACCAGGGCAGCGUCACCGCUCUCGCCGUCUCCAGAGGACGCCUCUUCUCCGGAGCCGUGGACAGCACCGUCAAGGUGUGGACGUGUUAAUCGGUUUUGUCCUCGUCUUGGUGUCGGACCGAUGAACCUUGUUUCCUCUUCCUUCUCUGAUUGUGAUUUCCCGAGCUGCAGACCCCUUAUAACCCGGAGCUGCAUCGGAGACAUUUUACUACUAAGUGUUGCUUUUCGAAACCUUUCCAAACCGACCCUCCUACGACCUCAUCACCAGUGCAUUAUGGGGCAGAACGAGACGAGACGCACCGGGACGGACGAUUCUCUGUCCUGCUUUCCUGUUAGAAAUGUCCUGAUGAUGCAUUCUGUUCAGUAGUCUAAAGGCUGGUUUCACACACAGGGAGACGCAACACACACAUUUAUGUAUCCCACAAUGCACCGGGACAAAGACCGUUACAUUGACUACCUGUGGUGGAAAGUAUUUAUGCAAUUUGGAGAAUCUGUAGCUGAAUAUUCCCAUUUCCUGCUUCUCUUCAAGUCAUUAUAACCCAGUGAUCUACUGGUCCUUCAGUACAGAUAUAGAGAUGCUUCUGACUUCAUUUCAGCCUCAAUUGCUUUUACUGAGUAGAUCUACACUGUAGUAGUAAUACUUCUUCAGUAAAAGAACUUCUUCUUCCACCUGGAGAGCUGCAGCUGCUUCGCCACACAGGACCUUCCUUUAUCUGUCAGAGUUGUGUAAUAAAGUAGUUCCUCGUGGAGUAAUAUGAGUGCACAAAGUCUUCAUGUUGAACCACAGCCCCCCUGUCUCCAUCUGAGUCUGAAGGGGAUCAAUACGACUGCAUUUUCAGAUUUCAAGUAGAUGGAAAAACCCGGGAAUGAGUCCUUAAACACUGUCAUGAGUCAGCAUUUCUUCACUUCCUGUCCCCUGGUCUGGAAGUCAAUGGUUCCCUGAGUGUGUUUUUGGUCUGUGGUUAACCUGAGACUUGAAAUUCAUGAGUAAAAACCCCACCUUUGAAACUGACUACGUAGCAUUCAGAAGGAAGGACAUUCCCUCCCUUUUUCCUCGUCGUCCCCCCUCCCCCCGAAGAGUGUGAAACCAGCCUUUAUUAAACUCCUCCUGUCAGUGACGCCUGUAGAGAUGUUUGUUGUGCCAUGAUGAACGGUUGUACAGAAUAACACACAGAGGGAGGGAGGCAGUGUGUGUGUGUGUUACUGUGUAAGUGUGUGUUUUAAUGAGUGCCAUAUGUGUGUAUGACGUAAGGAAGAACUGCCUCCCCUCUUCCCCCCCCCCCCCACCUCUAACAAAACCACAGAUUGAUUUUGUUUUAAGACGAGCAGCUGAUUGAGUGACCUUUGACCUCCAGGAUCAUGAGAGCGAGAGUGUGCCAUCAGACGAUGUUUCAGGACCCAUAUUGGGUUAAAAAAGACUAUUAAUGCCUGAGAGGGGGGGUGCGUUGGAUCAUGUACAUUCACACCAAAUUUAGGUUUUUACAGUUGCCUUCAUUUACAGCCGCCUUGAGGAGGCGUUCACUGUCUCAGUGAUCUAUUGUAAUAACGUGUAAUCAUGUCGCCUGUGAUGAUCAUCAAUAAACUGUUGUACACUUUCA